CCUGCACACCCCCACAAUACACUGCAAGUACACAUUUCACAAAGAACGAGAGAGAGAGAGAGACAGAGAGACAGAGCAAUGUAGUCAUUGUAGGAAAGAACUUAUUAACAAUUCGAUACACACAGAUUGCUUUGCUCUUCGGUGUUGUUUACUUUUGCUUCUGCUUACACAUACGCGUGGUUUUUAUUCCUUCUGUUAAGUGUUGAUUGCUCUAUCGCAAGCUUCCUAUGCGCGUUCGAUUUAAUAGAUCUGUAAGUUUGUAUUCGGUGGCGAGUAUCGGCAAAUUGAUACUUGAAAAUUCAGGGCAGUUUUUGGUGUGAUGAGCGGUUUUUCUUUGCGGUUACAUGAUAAACGCGCAUUUAAGGGAUCGUUCAUGUCUUUGAUUUGCCUUGACGGAUGAUUUAGGAAAUAUUUGGGGCCUGAUUUGGCUUAAUAAUGGCGGGAGAGAUCGGGGAACCGUAUAGCAUUAGCUUUCAGGCAGAUUCUUUGCAUUCUGGUUCUAUAUCCUUUGGAAGAUUUGAAAAUGAAGCUUUAUGUUGGGAGAAGAGGUCAUCUUUUUCACACAAUAGGUAUCUUGAAGAGGUUGAGAAAUGCUCUAGACCGGGGUCAGUUAUUGAGAAAAAGGCUUAUUUUGAGGCUCAUUUCAAGAGGAAGGCUCUUCUUCGUCAAGGUUUAGCAGAAGAUCAAACCGGUAGAGAACACAAAAUUACUGGAGAUAAUCUUGUCAAGAAUGAGGGUUGGGGAGAUGAAGCGGAUACUGCAAAUGAAGGUUGUAGAUAUCAUCAAUUCAAUGCGAAUAUCUUAGAGAAUGUUGGUCAUGGAGAAGAUUUUGAUUUUGGAAAUGAAGCAAACAAAGUUGAUCUGGGUAAUGAAGUGAGUCUAAUUGAUGAUGAUGCAAGUGAAUAUGAUCAUUAUACUUAUGAUGAGGAAAGUGCUGAACGCUCAGAUUAUCAGGAAGAAUCUUUAGUAUCAGAAUCUGAAAAAGAACAUGGAGUUUUAUUUGUUAAAUGUAACAUGGAAGUUGCUUUGGCCAAUAAUGAUGUUUUACUGGACAGUGUUGUUCCUCAAGAUGUUAUCUCUGAGGAAAGGCAUCAAAGUGAAAGUGGGUCGAACCAAUUACAUGUGGACAAUGAUGAACAAGUGGUAGAAGUGAAAGAGGACUCAAAUGAUUGUGCAGUUAAUGUGUAUGAUCCUCUCCCCAUGGAUGUAACAGUCAAGAAAGGUAACACAGUGAGUUCAGAGGUAAAUCUGUCUCCAAAGGUAAAGACUACAACCGAAAGGAAGUCUACCAGGUCCAGAUUGAAGUCUCAGGGGAAUGUUAGUCAUGUCCAGAAAACCAUUCCAAAUGAUGCUCCAAAAAUUGCUGCAAAGAGUCAGACUGGAAAGGAAAAACAGAGUACAGGGAGAAUAAAAAUAGAAAAGCAGCCGUUACAAACUACGGUGAGAGCUGAACGUUCAUCCAAUGGAUUUCAAAAAAAGUUUGCGGUGCAGGAUUCUGAAAGUUGCAAUGCAAAAUCAGAUUUUGAGAAUAGAAGUGAACAAGAACAAAGGGGAAAGAAAGCAGUUGAAUCUCAACCUUCCUCAAAGAAGAUAGAGUCCAGGGCACGUCUAACUAACAGCAGGGUUAAGGAGGCUGUCAAUUCAUCUAAGCCAGAGAAAAAGACAGAUGCUACUGCUUUCAAUUUCAAAAGUGGGGAACGAGCUGAGAGGAGGAGAGAGUUCUAUAUGAAGUUGGAAAAGAAAAUGCAUGCCAAAGAGGCUGAGAUGAAUAGGAUCCAGGCACGGACCCAGGAGAAAACAGAGGCUGAGAUCAAACAAUUCAGAAAAAGCUUGAAUUUUAAGGCAACACCGAUGCCUUCUUUCUAUCAUGUUUCCGCACGACCAGGACCCCUUAACAAGAAGGCUGCAUCAUGUAACACUGGAUCAACCAAGGGAGCAAGUGGAGCUGCUGCAAGCUCACAAUUGCAUUCCAAGACAGCAAGUAACCAAAAUCCAUCCAGCAAGGAACCUGCACUGAGAAAUGAUAUAUGUGAAUCUUCAGGAGCAUCUGAUUGCCCAACAACUGAGCCUUCUGAAGCUGGCCGGAAACAGCGACAGGAGAAAGAUUGUACUUUGCGAAGACCUAGAGUAACGGAGAGUUGUAAGGUGAGUAAAGAGCAGAGGGUCGAAAGGAAGACAAAGACUGGAGAAGUGCGGGGA